AUGGGUGCCGAUUUCGAAUUCGGACACGACGUUCGCGACAUCCCGAGCACAAGUUCUCUGGACUACAUGUACCAAACAGAUCACGUUUGGACACCGGUCGUCGAGCUGGUUCGACGGCUCUCGGGUCUAGCGGAUCUCGUGUUUCAGUGUCUUAGCCAGUUCCCACCCACCCUUUUGCUGGUAGUGCACGAGAAGCGAAUUGCACGCCUCCAUUUGCGAACCUGGCAUCUGCGAAGUCUCGACAAUUGGACGGUGAAAGACCCCCACGAGCUCGCGCUCAUCGGGUCAUCAAGUCUUUACAGCAUCUGGUUGUCUCCCGCUGAGUGCCUGGAACCAUACGCACGGCCAGUUGAACGAUGCCCCCAGGUGGAGGCAAUUUAUCAGAUGUUAACGACGAAAGGGUUGGCGCCCAACCUGCGCGACCUUCGCAAAUGUCACUAUCCCGAACCAGUCCCACGAGACCAUCCCUUCAUUUUCAGGGCAGAACAAAGUUGUGAGAAUGGGCUUGGGAAAGAAACUCGGCUUCUUCCCCUUCGAAACCUUCAACUUUCGCGGCCCUGCAGUUCGAGAAGUGACAUGAAUAGAGGUGAACCUUUUGAAAAGAGACAUGUUGCCGAAUGGCGAGCUCGCAUCGAUAUGUCUGCGCUUGAAAGCCUGACGUUGUUGGCGCCUCUUCGCCAAGACGCAAUCGAGAGCCUCUCGGCACUGAGCUUCCCUUUGCUGACGUCGCUAUCCCUCCAUCUCAGAGCACUAAGGGAGGAAGACUUGGAGGCAGUCGACUAUUACAAAGCGGCCAGACAUUUUCUAAGCACCCUGGCGCAGCUGAAAAGGUUGCAUCUGCUUGGAUGGAACCACGGGGUCGUCUCACUAGCCGGGCAUGACGACAACAUCUCGGGGCUUCCGAAUCACAGACUCAAAAGGUUGUGGCUUGCACCUGUAUCGCACGAAUAUGCCGCGGAUGGACAUAACUUGGGCCCGCCCCCAACAAAGCAACAGAUCAUCGAGCUGGGCAACCGCUACCCUGCUGUUGAGGACCUGUCAAUUUCGGUGAAGCGGUCGAUAGGUGAUAGGGAUGAGGUUGAUCGAUAUAGAGCUAUCGGUGGUAGCUUCAAGAUGCUAAAGAGGCUGUCGUUGGAGUUGGAUGCCUCGCCCUCGAAAUCCGUGAUUCGCAAUAGACCACCAUCGGGCCCUGCGUUUGCCACGUCCCAUUUUCAGAACAGUUUCGGCCGAAAGGUUGCGCCUGGUAAGUUGGGGCGCUACUACACCAAUGGCCACAUUAUGGAAGCUAUGGUGAAUGCUGCCGUGGAUUCUGAUUUGGCCAAAGCCAUCUUUCACACCAUCAUCCAAGCCAGCUGCGCCAGCGGUAGCACCUGCCAACUGAAAACAAUGCUACUGAGAGCCCGGGGCUUUGAAUUGUUCUGGAUACCCCAUCUCCUGUGGGAUGGGUCAUUCUGGCUAGCUGGUUCUCGAAGCAAUCUCGAGCUCGAUCGAUGGGGGCGUGGACUUCAGAGGACGUAUUUCCUUGACAACAGGGGGCUGGCAGGCACGACCAUCCGGGAGUUGGACAUUGCUUUCAAUCGGGACCGGUUGGGGGGGAUCGAAUCUGACAACUUGUUUUGGAAGAUUUUUGCAAAGUUGUGGCCGCAGGCCGUGACGGUUGGGAGUGACGGGUGGGCUACGAAGUGGAAGAGCUGGCCGCUGAAGACUGAGUAG